AUGGUUGUCGCCGGGGAUUUCUUCAAAGUGGUAGUGCCGCAGAUUCCCGUGUUGACGGUGUCGUUUGGUAUCUAUCUCUACUUGAUCGACCCCGCGAUCGCCCGGAAGUGGUCGACGAAGAGCGCGCUGCUCGACCCGCAGCUCCGAUCCCUCGAAGAUCUGCUCACGGGCACGCCGGGGGGCGCGGACGCCGCGCUCAAGAAGAAGAACGACGCGGCGAAGGCGAAGGCGAAGGCGAAGGCGAAGGCGGCGGAGUAG